GUAGCCGGUCCAUUCCUUGACGGUGGAAUGAACCAGCGAUGUUUCGCAGAGUCGUGAAGGAAGCCUCGAACACCUAGACGACGGCCACCGGCGCUGGAUGAAGUGCCCGUCGGCCACGUGCCUUUGGCCUGCCGCUCCUCCCUCUCACCGUGUCACCGCAGCUCUCGUCCUCAACCUCCCGUCUCCCGCUUUCUACACCGGUGGAUCCGAUGGCUCCAUCGUCUGGUGGAGCCUCGCUGCCCUUCCCGAGAUCCGACCCGUGGCCUUGCUCUGCGGACACGCUUCGACCAUUUCCGAUCUAUCCCCUUGCUCGUCCUCCGAGUUCGAUCUGCACGGCCCCAAAGCGCUGCUGAGUGCCUGCGCCGAUGGCGUGCUCUGUGUCUGGACCGCUGCGAGCGGCCGAUGCCGUCGCAGGAGAAAGCUUCCGCCUUGGGCAGGGUCUCCUUCUCUUGUAUCGCCACUACCUUCGUCUCCGCGGUACGCGUGCAUCAUCUGCACAUCUCCCGACUCUGUUGGUCACCACGCGCCCGAAGGCUCGAGGUGUGCUGUGGUCAUAGUCGAUUCUUGGUCUCUGAACGUGCUUCGGACCGUCUUCCACGGAAGCUUGCCAAUUGGUCCUGUGAAGUCGAUGAUGGUGAUUCCGUUGUCGGAUGAUGGAGGACAGAAGAGGCACGAUGCGAUCUUGGUUGACGGGCAUGGAAAGACAAAAUUUUUUAGGGUUUCCGAGAAAGAACACGACGGUGAAGAAACCACAUCCCCUCAAAGAGACUCAUCUUCCGAUGCCACUGCAUCUAUCUCCGGAAGGAGUUUUCAGGACGAACCAAACGCCGUAGCGGUGGCAGUUUCCAUCGAUGGGAAAAUUUUGGCACUUAUAUGGGCGGAUUACUGUGUGUUCAAGUUGGUUAAAGAUGGUGCCACCUUAGGUGAGAUCCAUUUAGCUGGUAGCUCCCUCCUCAAUGAAUACUCUUCUAAGAAGUCACUACUGAUUGGAGGUAUGUUUCUCAGAGAAGAAGAUGAACAAAAUCCGUCAGAGCCUGAGGAUUUGGCUGAUGGGUUUACCAGGAGAUUUUUUGCUUGGAGCAAUACCGGGGCAGGAGUGGUAUAUAUGGUUUCGAUCUCAGAUGCUACAUUCAAGUUUCAGCUUCUGUGUGAAAUUCCAGCAAACCCUAACAUUCUCGACGAGAAUAAAUCUGUCCAUUUCUGUCAAUUAAAUCAAUGUCUAGUUCGUGCAGAAUCUUUAUGCUUCAGAGUUGGUGGUUCUUUAGUAUGGAAACCUGUGAUUACAAAUUGGUGCAUUACAAAAUCAGAAGGAAUGGUAGAUGGUAGACCAUAUGCUACAGAAAUGCUUGGCGAAGGCAGUUUUUCUGUUGAACCAGCAUUUGCAUGCAUGAAUGCGGUGGAAGAAGGCGCAGAGAAAAACAUCCAGGAUAGUUACCUCGGAUACUCCAGUGGUUCAUCUGGCAAGUACGGUGAUGGUAGCAGUGAUUUCUUUGGAGUGAAUAAUGCUGUCUCGUCUUCAAUGGUCCUUUCUGAAGACUUAUAUGGCCCAUAUGCUGUAGUUUAUGGUUUCUAUAAUGGUCAGAUAGAAAUAUGCCAAUUUGUAAAUGUGUUUCAUGAGGAGAAUUCUUGUUCUGGAAGGUCAAAUAAUUCCAAUUAUUUGCAAAUUUCUGAUCGUGUAUUUGAUGGGCACACAGGUGCCGUUCUUGGUUUGGCUGCACAUCGUAUGGCUCCAUAUUCAGAGGAGCUUACUUUUCACAAUGUUUUGAUUUCUGGAAGUAUGGACUGCACAACUCGAAUAUGGAAUAUGGAUACAGGUAACCUUAUUUUAGUAAUGCAUCAUCAUGUAGCUCCUAUUAGGCAAAUUAUAUUGCCACCAACUUGGACCUGUCAUCCUUGGAAUAAUUGCUUCCUGUCUGUUGGAGAAGAUUGUUAUGUAGCUCUUGUUUCACUGGAGACUUUGAGAGUUGAAAGAAUGUUUCCUGGGCAUCCCAGUUAUCCAUCUAUGGUUGCAUGGGACAGCACAAAAGGAUAUAUAGCAUGCCUGUGUAGGAACCUUCAGUCACUAUCAGAUGCUGUCAGUGUUUUAUAUCUUUGGGAUGUGAAAACAGGUGUUCGAGAGCGGAUUAUCAGGGGGACAGCAUCUCAAUCAAUGUUUGAUCAUUUCUGCAAAGGCAUCCAUAAAAACUCUAUUACUGGAACCAUUUUAGGUGGUACAACUUCAGCAUCUUCGCUGCAUCUUUCAGCUCCUAAAGAUGCAAUAAUUUCACUAUCCAAUGUAAAACCAGAGGCUGGUGCAAUCUUGUCUAAAACUGUUAAAUCUCAUAGGAGUAUGGAUUCUUUCGACAGCAAUACUAAUCAGCUAGAGAACACCAAGGCAAGGAAGCCAAUUUUGAUGCGCACUCCAAACACAUGUGAUGUUGAUCACGAUUUAGCUAGAGAUAUCUCUACAAGCCAAACAAAAUCACAAAGAGCUAGUAGAAAGAAGCAUCCUGUGAAAUGUUCUUGUCCAUUCCCUGGUAUUGCGGUGUUGAAAUUUGAUCUUUCUUCUCUUAUGUUUCCUCUCUCUAUACAAAACAGUGAUAAGCAAAUAAAUGUUCAAGUUUCUGAAAAUGAUAUCACUGAGCCAGGUGGUCGUCACAAAUCUUCUACUUUUAAUUCUCAAGGACCUGAUAGCAGACUUAUAAAAGGGUCACUUGAAGGACAUAUACUUAGAUUCAGUUUAUGUUUUCUACAUCUAUGGGAUGUUGAUGAUGAAUUAGACAAAGUACUAGAAGAUGAAAUGCACAUUUGUAAACCAGAAGGUUGUCGUAUAGGUGCUGGAGUGAUAGGUGAUAGAGGAUCCCUAACACUGAUGUUCCCUGGCUUAUGCAGUACUCUCAAGCUUUGGAAGUCCUCACAUGAGUUCUCUGCAAUGAGAUCUUUAACAAUAGUAUCUCUUGCACAGCGCAUGAUCACUAUAUUGCAUACUUGUGCAACAGCUAGCAGUGCAUUGGCAGCAUUUUAUACACGAAACUUUGCAGAGAAAGUUCCGGAAAUAAAGCCUCCUUUACUCCAGCUUUUAGUAAGCUUUUGGCAAGAUCCCAGUGAGCAUGUACGCAUGGCUGCACGUUCUCUGUUCCAUUGUGCCGCACCACGGGCUGCACCACAUCCUUUGUGCUGUCAGAAAACAACAGAUCCUGAAAGUACAAGUUCUGCUUUUAUUUCAAGUGUUAAUAAUGAACACUCGAGUGGCUACUUAGACAGAUCUGCCCAAAUUUUUACAAGUGUUGAAUCUGAAAUAGCCUCCAUAAUUUCAUGGCUGGAAUCUUUUGAAUUUCAAGAAUGGACUUUGUGGAUCAGAGGAACAAAUCAGGAUGCAAUUGCCUCAAACAUUGUAGUUGCAGGAGCUUUAGUUGUCUGGUACCCCAUCAUAGUGAAGAAUACUCUUCCCAAGCUGGUUGUUAAUCAACUACUGAAGUUGGUUAUGUCAGCAAAUGAUAGAUACAGUUCAACGGCGGCGGAGCUCCUUGCAGAAGGAAUGGAGAAUACGUGGCAAUUGUGUCUAGGGCAUGAAAUUCCUCAUCUUAUUGGAGAUAUAUUUUUCCAAAUUGAAUGUCUAAGUGGUUCUCCAGCUAAAAAUACAAUACAGAAUACUGCCGUAGCUGUUACUAUCAGGGAGGCUUUGGUUGAAAUUCUUUUACCAAGCUUAGCAAUGGCUGAUGUUUUAGGCUAUUUGAAUGUAAUAGAAAGACAAAUAUGGGCUACUUCAUCAGAUUCUCCUGUUCAUAUUGUAUCAAUUAAGACUCUCAUCCGAGUAGUUCGUGGCUCUCCAAAGCUCUUAGCUCCAUAUCUUGAUAAGGUAGUGCACCAUAUUCUACAAACUAUGGACCCUGGAAACUUGGUCAUGCGUAAGGCAUGUUUCAGUAGCGCCAUGAUUGCUCUAAGAGAAGUUUCUCGUGUAUUUCCAAUGGUUUCUUUAAAUGAAACAUCCACUCGACUAGCUGUUGGAGAUGCUAUUGGAGAUAUUAGCACUUCAGCUAUUCGAGUAUAUGAUAUAGAAAGUGUUUCAAAAAUAAAGGUUUUGGAUGCUAGUGGACCACCAGGACUCCCAAGUUUGCUUGAAGAAUCAUCAAACUCAAGAAUUACCACGGUCAUCACAGCUUUGACCUUUUCACCUGAUGGAGAGGGAUUAGUUGCAUUUUCUUCUAACGGAUUGAUGAUCAGAUGGUGGUCUCUUGGUACAGCAUGGUGGGAAAAACUGAGCAGAAGUCUCGUUCCUGUCCAGUGCACCAAGCUCAUAUUUGUUCCUCCAGAAGGAUUUUCACCCAACUCUUCUCGCUCAAGCAUGAUUUCCAGCUUUCUCGGUUUCCCUAAACAGAAUUCUCAGGAUGAGAUGCAAGAGCCAGAUGAUGCAGACUUGCUAAAGCCAUUGAUUCACAGCCUUGACCUUUCAUACCGUCUUCAGUGGGUUAAUCCAAGGAAGGUUGGGCUUAUCCGGCAUGGCCAUGAGUUGGGAACAUUUCAGCUGUGAGUUAAAUCUCAUUCGAAUGAUAAAAAAAUGCCAAUAAUAAUGAAUCAGGUGCACGAGAACUUUGCCCUCCCAAGAUUGUUUCACAACUUUUUUCCACGGUGAUAAAUUUUUGUAGUUUAGUAUGUUAAUUGAGUAAAUUCCUUUAUUUUAAGGUGUGUUAAGGAUACAGAUUUGUACCCCAUGAAUAUUAUUGUGUUAAGGAUACACAUUUUGUGUUCAUUUUAACCAAAAGAAGAAAUAUGCAAAUGGGUAUAGAUGAGUGGUUGUAUAAAA